ACUCGUGCUCUCUGCGGUCCUGCCUGGUUCGCGUUGCUCCGAAAAAAUUCCCAAUCCCACCCAAUCCCUAGCCGCGCGUGCUGUGACUCGGCUCCGCGAGAGGCGGCAUCCGAAGGCAGCGACGAUGUGCAGCGGGCGACUGGGCGAGGAGUGCAGCAUGCCUGCGUGCGCCGCGUGGCAUCCGAGGCACCGCACGCGCAGGCUCCGCCGCGGGGAGCUGGCCAGCUAGCCAGCUAGGGCUGUGUGCCUGCUGCCUGCGUCUCUGGUCUGCCGAGCAGAGCGCUGAGCAGUGAGCACACAGCAUGUUCGGUCGUCAGCACCGAACUAACUUGAUUUGUAUGUGUCGCGUACUCGCGUUUAAGUCUAUUACACAGAGGAAUAGCUGAUCUAGACAUGCAAUUUGUUGUUGGUUUAGGGGGUGUUUGGUUACCCCAAACUAAAAUUUAGCCCAUGUCAUAUCGAAUGUUUGAACCUCCGUUCCGGAUAUUAAAUGUAGUCGGAUUAUAAAACUAAUUUGUCAGCCAAAGAUUAAAAGACGAGACGAAUCUAGUCCAGUUGGUUGGGUCUAUAUUUCAUACUCCUAUUUAAAAGUCAAAUGCUUGAUGUGACCCGGGCUAAACUUUAGCAGCAGCAACCAAACACCCCCUUAGUCAGUCAAACCAGUCAAAUCAAACCUGAACCCAGCUCAAGCGCAAGUCAGACUGAGAGAGAGAGAGAGAGAGAGAGAGAGAGAGAGAGAGAGAGAGAGAGAGAGAGAGAGAGAGAGAGAGAGAGAGAGAGAGAGAGAGAGAGAGAGAGAGAGAGAGAGAGAGAGAGAGAGAGAGAGAGAGAGCAAAGGGAAGUCAUCAUAGGUAUUUUGAGAACAUUCCAUGCAUACUUGCCUGGCUCGCAUUUGCCUGCGAGAUCACCAAUCAAACAAGCCACCCGUGCUUCCUGCUACCCUGCUACGCUGCACAAUCAUCCUGCGGAAUUUAGUAACGGCGAGUUAUUCCAAAGUUCCGAUCCCCAAGUUGUUUAUUCUCCUAUAGUUUGUCGGUUUGUGUGGUUCAGAUUCCUCCCGCUCUCGCGCAAGUGGUACACUGUGUUUCCAGCUACCAUUUUCUCCACUAACUAAUUUUAUUUUCAGUGUCUCUCGUUUCUUUUAUUUGCGCGUCAAGUUUCAGCCAUUCCUUGCUCAAAGGAAAAGUUUGAGCCAUUCCCUGGGAAGGUAGGUGAGGGUACUGGACAAAUCCGAAAUGCAAAUGGGCAUAUGCUACAUAUAACCGUAGGCUUGCUUGCUACUGCCAGAGACUCGGGUACAUGGUAUCGGGUUACAGUCCAAACAGGAAAUUCUAAGGCCGAUGGAAGAUAAGGAUAUGGGUACAGUCACCCAGUCCUGCCAUGACGCGAAAGCUUAUAGAAAUCAGGUGGCAUAAAUACUGUGCAGGGCUAAAGGUUGGUGGGUCGAACGGACCAGGCCAUCAGGUUAUCUAGAAAGCUCUCAUGCUCUUCCAUUUCUAGGCUAGCCUAGGUCUGGACCAGUUAGAGUAGACACGCAAGUAUCAAUCGAUUCAUAAGAGGAGGAGGCCAUUGAGGGAGCCAAGUAGAAGGCAGUCACUGCAAACAACGAAAGCUGGUGAGCAACUUUGUCAAGCCUCAAGAGCUCAUGGAAGAUGGCAGUGCUCCAAGACGGUCUACUCCACCCACCCGCAGAAGCAGAUCUGCCGAGUUCCACAAUUUUUCAGAAAGGAGGAGAAGGGAUAAGAUCAACGAGAAGCUGAAAGCAUUACAGGAGCUUCUUCCAAACUGCAACAAGACCGACAAAGUUUCGAUGCUAGACGAAGCAAUCGACUACCUAAAAUCCCUUCAGCUACAGCUUCAGAUGCUGGUCAUGGGGAAGGGAAUGUCACCAGUGGUUCCUCUUGAGCUGCAGCAAUACAUGCAUUACAUCACGGCUGACCCUGCCCAGUUGCCUCCAUUGCGCCCAUCCGGCCAGCAGCACCGGCAAUUUCAGAUAACUCAAGCCAACCCCCAGCGACAAUCUAACGUCGAGUCGGAUUUCUUGAGCCAGAUGCAGAACUUGCACUCUUCUGAGCCGCCUCAGAACUUUCUCAGGCCGCCGAAAUUGCAACUUUAUACACCGGAACAGAGGGGUGGCCUACCCAACACGAGCCACAACACUGGAUGGAUUUCUGGGAGUUCCUCGUAUAACUUCAUGGAGUGAUGUGCUCCUAAUGACAAAAUUUGACACGGCAGGCGUGCAGCCUUGAACUCGGAAGAGAUCGUUCAGUUUGGGACCUGCAGCAUGGUUCACCUGAGAGAAUUCCAUGAAUGUGUAGUACUAGUUAACUAGCUAGCUAGUUGUGUUAUUAAAUAAAACGUUGUGAUUGUGAUGCUGCUCAUUUUGCUAUCUGAAUCUUACCGUCCAAUUCUCCUCCAUGUUCAUGC